GCUCAAUGGGUGUGUCUUUUACUACUUUAGUUAGAAACGGAAAACGCGAAACAGGAGACAUUUUGACAUGACGGGAAGAUCUCUUAUUAUUGAAAUACUUUUACAGAAACGGUAACAUAUUAAUGAGGAGUUAGUUAGAUGUGUCGACGCGCCGUAAUGAGGUACUCUUCCUCGGGGUAGAUAUCACAUCCACUAUAUAUAUAUUUCUCUCUCUCUAUAUAUAUAUGUAUGUAUAUAUAUAUAUAUAUAUAUAUAUAAACAUAUAUUAAUGGCGACAUUAUUUCCUUUUGCUCGGACAACAAUGUGCUAACAAGUGUAUUGUAAACACAGCUCCCACAUGUCAUGAAAAUAAGUAUGGACGAGUGGGGCUUAGUCGUUGCACCAGAUAAUGACCCUUCAAGCUCCGAGGGGGAAUACAUAGUCGAACCAGGUCCCGAACAUGAAACAAGGGAGGCGGAGGAAGGGGCGCAUCCGGGCUGUGUGGAGCGAAUGGACGACGGGGCCACCAAUGUCGGAUUUGGAUUAAGUGGGAUUGGAGAAAGCAAAGUGUUGUUGGGGCGAGUCGGACAGAGAGACGACAAAGAACUUCGGUACUUGCACUUAUUAUGGGAACCGGGACGAGCAGAGAUUGGACCUGGUGGUGUGACCAACAAACUGGGAAAGAUGACCGGGAGCAGGGCCAGGCGUUUUCAAAGAGCCUCAAGGAACCCCAUUGGUAAAGAUGUGUAUGCUGUAAAAAGACUGAGGGACGCCGCAAACAGUAAUGACAUUGACACAGUUCGUAAGCUCCUGCAGGAUGACAUAGACCCUUGUGCAGCAGAUGACAAGGGAAGGACGGCCUUACAUUUUUCUUCCUGCAAUGGCAAUGAAAGCAUCGUGCAAUUACUGCUGAGCUACGGCGCUGACCCCAACCAACGUGACAGUCUGGGUAAUACACCACUCCAUCUGGCGGCCUGUACAAACCACGUGCCUGUAAUCACCACAUUGCUAAGAGGAGGAUCCCGUGUGGACGCCCUUGACCGGGCUGGCCGGACCCCUCUACACCUUGCACGUUCCAAACUUAACAUUCUGCAGGAAGGUGAUUCUCGUAGCUUAGAAACCCUGAGAGGAGAAGUCACACAGAUUAUUCAAAUGCUGAGGGAGUAUCUAAACCUAAUGGGCCAAAGUGAAGCUAAAGAGAGACUGGAGCACAUUUCCUCCCAGCUGCAACACACACGAACCAAAGAGCAAGUGGAUGAGGUGACUGAUUUACUGGCCAGCUUUACUUCACUCAGCCUUCAGAAACAGAAUUUGGGAGAUAGGUAGAAGAUUAAGAAAUUUGAGUCCUGCUCCCUUGAUAAAGUAAGCCUCAACUCCUCCAGCCUGAACACUGAUUUAUACCUCUGGUCGUAAUCUGGACUAGAAUUUCAGAUACAGUACCACUGUAAUGAAUGUCAUUCAGAGUUCCUCUAAUUCUAGAAAUUUGUCUUCUUGCAACAAAUUCUUUCAUCAAAGCAGGGACAGUUUUUGUAGCCUACAAUAACGUAAUUUUUUCCCCCAAAUUACUCAAGUCUGUGAAAAUAAGGGAGAAGGUUGUAGGUUAAAGAAUAUGGAGUCCUAUGAAAAUCAUGUAUGAAAUGGAAAACUUCAGAAAUGAAUGUGUACAACCUCAUCAUGCUAUAAAAAUAUUUUCCUGCAUGUUUGAUAGGGUUUGGCAUCGUUUGAAUUUGAGCGUUUCCUAUUCCGGUUCCUUAGUUCGAUUCCAUUUCCAAACCAUUCUCAAUUCCGAUUCUUUUAGGGGGCUGGGUCAAAAAAGUUUGCAUGGUUUAAAUAAAGGAUGUCCAAAAUAUGAACUUCCAUAUUCUUAGCAGCCCGCUGCAUAGACUAAAAUUAAAAUUUGACUCGAGGUUCUUUGUAACCAGUAUCAAUAUCAAACCUAUGAACUGAAAGGCAAUGUGUGUCGAACUAACCCAAUUGACUUGAUAUUCAUUAAUUAAUGUUUCAGCUAAAAGUUAAAUAUAUCAUUGUUAAAAUAGUUAUUUUAACAAUGCUAUGUAGCUGCCCCUGUACUCUGUUUCGUGACAAAUGGUUUAUAUGUGUAAGUUUUAACUUGACUUCUUGUUUUAAGUUUGUAGCCUUUCGUUUUGAAGGGUAUCCACCGGAACUCAGCAUUUUGGCACAAAAACUGACUUCACACGGCCCGGGGGAUUUAAAAAAAAAAUAAUAAUAAAUAAAUAAAUUGUAUUUAUUUUUUUUAUGGAUGGAACCGAAUGCUCUAAAACGCUGAUUCCUUUCCUGACCCACCGAUUAGGCACAAGGUUAGUGUUUGUGAUACUGUGAGACAACGUUUAUGUGAAUUUUGUCCCAAUUCAUUGUGGUAUAAAGUUGUUAUGGUGAAGUUUUAACCGAAUGUUGAGCUUUUUUUUUUUUUUGUCAUCGGUGUGGUUUGAAGACUAAAAUAAAUGCUAAAAACCAUCAGUGCAAAAGUGCAAGCAACCGUUUAUCUUGUUAGCUGUCUCAAUGUUGGCAUAGCUUUAUUUUGUUGGUUCACUCACCCAAUUGACUGAGAGUUGACUUCUCUGAAGCUCUGCGCGGUGUACACAACGUGAAAGCCGGUACACAACGCGCGUCAGACGGUACACAACGUGAAAGCCUCCUUUGGACAUCUAUCCAUCCAUCCAUCCAUUUUCUGAGCCGCUUCUCCUCACUAGGGUCGCGGGCGUGCUGGAGCCUAUCCUAGCUAUCAUCGGCCAGGAGGCGGGGUACACCCUGAACUGGUUGCCAGCCAAUCGCAGGGCACAUACAAACAAACAACCAUUCACAUGCACAGUCACACUUACGGACAAUUUAGAGUCUCCAAUUCAUGCAUGUUUUUGGGAUGUGGGAGGAAACCGGAGUGCCCGGAGAAAACCCAUGCAGGCACGGGGAGAACAUGCAAACUCCACACAGGCGGGACCGGGGAUUGAACCCCGCUCCUCAGAACUGUGAGGCUGACGCUAUAACCAGUCGACCACCAUGCCACCCUCCUUUGCACAAUAUAAUCUUAUUUCAAGUGUUGCACUGAGGCCACUGGUUAUUCAUUUUAACAAAGCUAAGACACACUUUUGUCCGCCGCCACCACCGUUGGGCACAAGGACGUCAUCGUGCGUGUUCUUCUUCGUUGGGUAACGCCGCUUCUUCGUUGCUUUUCACCACUUCUUCUUCGUGGCUGGAGGACUAGGCAUUGAAACUGGGAACCGAAAUGUUUUAAUUUGAACGGUUCAGGGAGAACCGGAACCUUAGUCCCGGUUCCAAACGGUUCUCGAUUCGCGAUGCCCAACCCUUAUGUUUGAUCAAUCUGAAAGCGGUCCAUGUGCUGAAUAUAAAUAAUUGUUAAUUGCAAACCUGUUCAUUGUCAUUUCAUUUAAAUGUUCUUCUACACACUAGACCAAAAUAUUACUCCUGAUUUAUUGUUACUUUGCAUCUUUAGUGUGGACUUCCAAUAAUGUCAUGUUUUCAGAAAAAAACUUAAGAAAAUUGACACAUUAAAGGCUGUGUCGAACAAAGCUACCUCUAUUGUGCCAAAAAGUAAUACUCAUUCAAGGUUUCUGAAAGGUAAAUCUGCAAUUCUUAGUUCCAUGUAAUUCCAAGUGCAUUUUAUUUAUUCCCUUUCAGCCAAUAAUCAUUCAUAAAUUAUUCCUAUUGGACCUUAGAAGGCAUCACAGAACACAACAGACUGGACAUCAGUGCACAAAAAAAAGGGAAAAAAAUGCAGUUGGAUGAUGCGUCAGCCUGUGCCUGCCUUUCCCUGUUUUUUUUUUUUUUUAAACUAUUACUCGCCUAUGUUAAGUAUUAAUUACUUAAACUAAAUGAGCAACCAUGUUUUACUUUGGUGCUUUGGGUUUCUUAAUCAGCAGGAUAUUUCCCAUUUGCACUGCAUGUUAAUGUUUAACUGAAGUGUAAAAGUACUGUCAAAAUGUAUGUUUGAUCAAAUAAAUGGAAUCGUUUAAGUGAUAAGUGGCUUUCG